GCAUGGUCUGAUGGUGCUGUGUUGCAUCAACGAAACGAGGUGAUUGUGCAGUCACCAGUCGCCAGCUGGUGGUCGACUCGCGUAGUCGCACUGCCACCUAACGAUCAACAUAAUAUAUAAACAAACAUGUUACUUUUUAAAAACGCGCGAAACUUUAUUUUUGUUUAGUUUUUUUUAUGUCAACGGAAUUCGCUACCAUGGAUUCUGAGAAGAAAGUUGAGGAUGUGGUGACUAUGGAGAAACCAAAUUAUAUGAUUAUGUCCUUGCAAAGGAUUUUAGUGUUGUUCAUUAUAUUUGUCGGUGUAAUCAUUGUUGUUCGAUAUACGCCAAUGCCAGAGGAGUACUUUGAAAAUUGUGACCGGGAAUGCAAUGAACUGGAUUGGCCUAUGAUUUGUCGGGUGAAACUAGUCAUAGAAGUAUAUAAGACUCUUAGCAAAUCCUGUGGUAGCUGUACGGAAAAAGAUGGUGGCGAUUGUCCAUCUAUGUGCAUAUCUGCCGAUGGUCGCGAACGCGGCGUGCUCACCGCUAACCGAGUAUUGCCUGCACCGGCUCUACAUGUCUGCGAGAACGACAUUCUUGUUGUAGAUGUGGUUCAUCGUGCAACAGCACACGCACUCUCCAUCCACUGGCGUGGACAGCCACAAAAAGAAACCCCUUUCAUGGACGGUGCACCUAUGCUCACUCAGUGUCCCCAACCAGCCUACACAACAUUUCAAUACAAGUUCCGUGCGUCAGCAGUAGGAACGCACAUGUACCACGCACAUUCUGCUGCAGACUCAGCAGAUGGACUCGCUGGAACUCUAGUAGUUAGACAAUCCCCACGGCUUGAUCCGCUUCACAAAUUAUACGACAUCGACUCUACAGAUCACACUAUUUUCAUAGCCGAAUGGGGUCAUUCCAUGGGCCCGUUAGCUGGUAUGGUGUCAAAUGUGCCCAAUGCAGAGUCUCUCCUUAUUAACGGAAAAGGAAAAACAUCUGAGUCUCCUGAUGCACCACUAUCCAAAUUUCAAGUACAAUACGGGAAACGUUAUCGUUUCCGGUUAGCAUAUGGCGGUGGAUCUAAAAGUUGUGCGGUGAAGUUCUCAAUCGAUCAACAUGAUAUCAAACUUGUUGCGUUAGACGGACACAUAAUAGAACCGGAACUAGUAAAAUCCGUCGAGUUUGGCAGGGGUGAGCGUGCAGAUUUCAUUUUGGAAGCCAAAAGGGCACCUGGUAUAUAUAAGAUGAGAGUGAUGGCUGAUAAGUCAUGUCAGAGUGAUUUAGAAGGAGUUGCUGAACUCGUAUACGACAAUAUUGACUCAAAAGUGUUACAUAAGGAUAACGAUGACACUUCCGAAGUUAAUCGCGAAUUUUCAACAGUGAAUAGUGAACAGUGUGCUGCGGAAAAUUUGUUGUGUUUAAAUGAGGUGCACACGGCGGCCAAAUUUCCAGAAGAGUUAGUUGAAAACCUCGACAAUUUGAUCUACGUGCCUUUCAAUUAUUCUACCAGACGAAUUUCGGCCAAACGCGUAGAGAGUUGGGGUCAAACGAAUGGCCAUCGUUUCACUUACCCAGCUUCGCCAUUGCUCACUCAGGGUGGUGACGUCAAUCCCAACUCGCUCUGCACCCAGGAGGAGGGGCAAGGCGAUGAGUGCGUGCACGUGAAAAAUGUGCAGCUACACUCAACUGUCGAGAUCGUGAUGUUCGACCAAGGCGGUGAGUCGGAUCACAUAUUUCAUCUUCACGGCUACAGUUUUUACGUCGUCGGCAUUAAAGCAUUUAAUACAAGCAAGACAAUUGAAGACAUAAAGAAAAUGAAUGAGGAAGACACUCUGUUCAGUAAAAAUUUAGUCGAUCCUGUUUUGAAAGAUACAAUAGUGAUACCAAAGUUUGGCGCAGUAGCACUACGUUUUAAAGCUGACAAUCCAGGGUAUUGGAUGAUGAGAGACGAAAGAUCGACGCACUGGACUAGAGGUUUAGACUUUAUACUAAAAGUGGGAAAUGAAAGGGAUUUUGUACAAGCACCCGCUGAUUUCCCUAAAUGUGGUUCUUAUGUAGGUCCAGAAUAUUUUUUGAUAUGAAACAUGUUUUCUGUGGAAGUUACCAAAUCUUCUGAGAAUAGAGUAAUGCUCUAAGUGAUAUUGAAAUAUGAUACUAGUAUCGAUAAUUAUUUUACCUAGUUUAAAAACGAUUUAGAAAUCUAUUCCGAAUUUCUG